AUGCAUAAGGACGUUGAACGAUUGAAAUCUAAUAAGGAUCUAUAUACUGGAGGUGCAUUAUAUACAUGCGGAACGUGUGAUAAAAGAUUUGUGUAUAAAUCCGAGUGGUCUCGUCAUGAGAGAAUUCAUACAAACGAAAAGCCUUAUAAAUGUAAUAUUUGUGGUCACAUGUCUAGGACAAGAGACGCCUUAAGAGUGCAUAUGGUGGCAAUGCAUCAGGAUAAUAAACGAUUCCAAUCUAAUAAGGAUCUAUAUACUGGAGGUGUAUCAUACGUAUGCAAAACGUGUAAGAAAGAGUUUAAGAACAAAACGACUUUCUAUACGCAUGAGAGAAUUCAUAAAAGCGAAAAACCCUAUCAAUGCGAGCUUUGUGAAUUUAAAAGUGUUAAAAAGGAAAACCUAACACGUCACGUGAGAUCAGUGCACAGAAAUGGUGAACGUUUCAAGUCUAAUAAGAAUCUAUAUACUGGAGGUGUAUCACACAAAUGCGGAACGUGUAAUAAAGAGUUUAAGAAAAAAUGGGAGUUGAAUAGACAUGUGAGAACUCAUACAGGCGAAAAACCUUACCAAUGCGAGAUUUGUAAACGUAAAUUUGGGUACAAAAGUACCUUAAAAAGGCACAUGAAUGCAAAGCAUGACAAUAUUGAAUGUUCCAAGUGUAAUAACGAUUUAUAUACUGGAGGUGUAUCAUACAAAUGCGGAACGUGUAAUAAAGAGUUUAAGAAAAAAUGGGAUUUGAUUAGACAU